GGGGGCGUCCCUGACGUGGAUGAGCCGGGAGUUCUCGCUGGACCGGGAGGCGCACACCGCUGCCCACGCCGUCGUUCGGUUACACGGUGUCACUUAUACAAUGCCGCGUGAACCCGGGACGGCGGACGACGAGCUCGAUAUGAGCUGCUGCCCCGGCCACGACGAGCUCGUGCAGAUGGAGUACGUCCCUGAGGGCCGGUUUCUGGGAGGCCCGGCGCCGUGGUUCGCCGCCGCGGGGUGCACGGCCGGCUGCAUGCGGGUCGCCGCCGUCGAGAAGGAGGACCAAGAAGAAGGAGAAGCAGGCAGCAAGCAGAUCAUGGUGCUCUACCGUUACGCCGCUUUCUCGGUGUCAUCGGACGGCGUGGUGGCGCGAGGCAGCACCAAGGCGCACCUGCUCCGGUUCAUCGCCACCGGCGACCACACGGCGAGGUCGCUGGCGUGGGCCGGAUCGUCUCUGGUCCGGCUGAUAUACCCCGGUCGCUUCAGCGAGCAGCUCCUGGAGCUAUGGUCGAGCCUGGCGGCGCAGGUGAGCGCGCUGCCGCCCGCCGCGCGCGUCGAGGUGUUCGUCGACGUCGGCAUCCUCCUCCGGAGAUCGGACUACACGGCCGAGCGCGUGGAGCGGAUGCGCCCCUCUCUGGAGCGCAUGGUGGAGGAGCCGUGGCCCGUGCGCUUCACCGGCAUGGAGCUGCACCUGCCGGAGCCGAUGCGGCGCAAGCGCAACAAUGAUAAUGACGAGGCCGCCAUCGACGACGAUGACACGGACGCCGGUGAACGGCCAGCGAAGCGAAGGAGGGUCGUCGCCGCCGGGGAGGAUUGCCCCGUUUGCUUGCAGCUCCUCGAGGGCGACGACCUCGCCGCGUGGCCCAGAUGCAGCAAGCCCCACGUCUUCCAUGGCGCGUGCUUGGAGCGCGUGCUCGUGGAGAGCAAGACGUGCCCUAUGUGCAGGCACAAGCUAUACAUACAACCCAAACGACGUUCGACAAGCUAGUCUUCAGAAAUUAUUUGUUUGCUGAAAGAUAAACUUUCUUGCGUUUCAUGGUCAGUUCAUCAAUGAAUGAAUCAUGUCAACUGUAUUUGAUUUGAAUAUAAAUCUCUGUAA